AUGAAGCUGACCAUCACCACUCUGACUGACAUCGUCUUCACCCUUGAGGUGAACGAUGAAAUGGAGCUGGAGAACUUUAAGGCGCUCUGCUCACUGGAGGCCAACAUUGCGGCAGAGCAGAUGGCCGUCUUCUUCAAUGGCAAUAUUCUGACGGACACGAAAAAGACGCUAGCCGCCUAUGGCAUCCACGAUGGCGACAUGCUGCUCGUGCAAAAACUGCCCGGCCCCGCCGGCGGCGGCGGUGGUGCACAGCAGUCCGCAGCGGGUGCUCAUCAAGGCAUGGGCGUUCCAAAUGUACCUCCAAACUUGGCCGAACUGGCAAACAGCAUGCGGGGGCAGGCAUUUCGCGACGAGGUGACGCCCAUCUUCGAGGCACUUCGCACCAACCCCGAACGACUGGCCUCCCUGCGCGUCAACAAUCCUCGCCUGGCGGACGCCUACGACAAGGGCCUGGAGGAGUUCAUCAGCCUGCUCAGUGAGCAGAACGAGGCGCGCAUUCAGGCGGAGCAGCGGCGAAUCCGUAUGAUGAUGGCGGAUCCGUUUGACUCUGAGGCGCAGCACAUGAUUGCCGAGGAGAUUCGCCAGCAGCAGAUUGAGUCGAACAUGGAGAACGCGAUGGAGUACCUGCCGGAGAGCUUCGGCGAGGUGACGAUGCUCUACAUCAACUGCAAGGUGAACGGCAACCCCAUCAAGGCCUUCGUUGACUCGGGCGCCCAGUCGACGAUCAUGAGCAAGGCGUGCGCCGAGCGGUGCAACAUUCUCCGCCUGAUUGACAAGCGUUUCCAGGGCAUCGCCCGGGGCGUCGGCACGCAGAAGAUUCUCGGGCGCAUUCACCUGGUGCAGCUGGAGAUUAACGGCAUCUUCAUCCCGACCUCAUUCAUGAUCCUGGAGGAGCAGCCGAUGGAGAUGCUGCUCGGCCUGGACAUGCUCCGCCGCUACCAGUGCACCAUUGAUCUCCACAAGAACGUGCUGCGCAUUGGCACUACCGGCACGGAGACGACCUUCCUCCAUGAGAAUGAGAUUCCGAAGUACAAGGAGGCGGCCGUCACCUCGGAGGACGCCGACAUUCAGCGCGCCAUUCAAAGCUCACUUCAGUCUUCAGUCAGCGGAGCUUCAACCUCGGCCAACUACGGCAGCAGCUCAGGGUCUCAGGGUAUGGAUGAUGAUGAUGUCCCAGAGUUUGAGUGCUAA